AUGAUAACGAAGGCAGUAGAAGCUAGUGGAACAGUUACUAUUACAACUGUAAACCAGCAACUAUUUCGAACAAAGAUGGAUUUUAAUGAAUGUUUCAUUCAUCCAAAGUCAUUCUCUUUAGACCCUAACAUUUAUACAGAACUUGUAGAACAUUAUACAAACGAGGCUUUAUGUUUUCCUGUUAAAGUUAUGGAUUGGAUUCCUAUGGACGGUUCAUUCUCAAAGAAUACAGAUAGUUCAAGUGCAACAUUUACAGCAGCUUAUACGCCUAUUAAUGUUAAAAGUAUUUGGGCACUAUUUAGAAAGAAAGACAACUAUUAUGUUAAUUUUGAGAACCCUAAGUUUAAAUAUCUUCAGCUUUCCAUGGGAGCUUAUGGAAAUAUGCCUGCAGAACCUGAAAAAUCAUAUGGACCUGUAUUUUAUGAAAUGGUUGCGAACGCUUGCAAUACAAACAAUGAUAUGAUAGGAUUUAAUGAAGAUGUUAUGAGGUCAUUGGUGGAUGAUGGUAGUGUGGAACAUAAAUGGGAUAGCUAUGACAACACACAUUUCUUAUGUGGUUUUCCAACAGAAGUGGACUUUUGCUUCCAGCAAGGUCAAACAUCUACUGCUCCAAUAACAUACAA